AUGGACGAUCAUGGGGGAGAUGAAUAGGAAAAUUUUAUUCCUUAAAAUGAAUUUUAUAAUUAUGAAGAACAAAUUAUGUAACCAUAAAUUGAAAAUGCAGACUCUUAUAGUUUUUGUUUAUUAAUUACUUGUGGUUUCAGUGCUCUGAUUGGUGGUUAUUUUUUAUCUGGAAUGCCUGGAGUUUAUGGAAAUUAUUCAGAUGAAUGCAAAAUCCUCAUUUAAACACUCAAAUAUUACUCUUAAUACUUAAUUAUAGAUGGAACUGCUUAAAUGUAUUUAUUCAUUCUAAUCAUAAAGGAUAGUUAUUUGUAUUAUAUCCUGUUGUUUGAAGCAAUAUAAAAAAUACGAUUUAAAGAAAGCAGUUGAUAAGUAAUUAUUAUUUUAAUUUUUUGAUUAAUUGUUAAUUUUUAUCGUCAUUAUGGUAAUAGAGACAAUCAUUAAGGAUAAAAAAAGUUGUAUAACUGUUGGAACCAAUUUAUUAAUAGUUUUUUAUCUGGUAUUAGUUUACACUUUGACUUUUUUGUUAUCUGUUCAGAUUUGGAAUUUAUGA